UUACCGUCCCGAUGAGCGAGUCCCCACGCCACACCGCUGUCCUGGUCUCUUAUGUGUCCUUUCAGGCGAGAGAGCACUCAGCUUUUACUCCUAAACAGCUACUUUUGAGGCGUGGCGACUUGGGCAGCGGAGCGAGAGGCAGAGAAGUGCCCCAACUGCGGAAAUCCUGCGAAGCUAAGGGUGGGCAGCGGGAGGUGGGUGGGAGGUGGCGCGGCUGGAAAGCCCCCGAGGGAGCGGGUGUUGACACAGGACCACGGCGAUCCCCUGUGGCUGCCACCUUCCAGAGCUCGAUCCCCAGGCCUCAGUCCGGCGCCGCUCCCGCCCACACCUCCAGGUGUGCAUUCCCCGCCCUUAAUCACUCUCCUGCAACUGGUAGUUUGCACUGAAAGUUUGACUGGGAAAGCGGAAGAGAAGCGUGUAAUCCCGGCUCCGGAGAUCUAGGGGAGCCCCGUCCCACUUGCUGUGGUCUGCAGAUCGAGUCAGCGGAAAACUCAGACACAGAAACGCGUGCACCUUUCUAGCCGAAAAGUCGACUCUCGGCUCUUUGCAGCCUCGAGUUACAGGCUGUGCCGGGAGAAACUUUUGUGUCUUCUGCAAAGUUGAGAAGCUGAACUACGAGAGAGGCCCAGACUUCAGGGGUUUUGCUGGCCCGCGAUGUUUUCCAGAGCUUUUCGAGGGGGAAGAGAAGGGCGACAAAAUGAAAACGCGCGGUGCGAGGGAGGCCCCCCAGCCCAGCAAGCUGGCGGGCGCUGAGGUACACAGUUCCUCCUAGAAUGACCGUGAUCUGAUCAACAGCUAACGUGACCUGACUCCUGUGUGUGGCACGGCUGUGCUGGGGGCUGGUCACUGCCCACAACUACAGAGCUGCCAUGGCUGCUGCGUCCACUUCCAGCCCUCUAAAUUCACAACCCCAGUUCACAGCCAUGAAUGAACCACAGUGCUUCUACAAUGAGUCCAUUGCCUUCUUUUAUAACCGGAGUGGAAAGUAUCUCGCCACGGAAUGGAACACAGUCAGCAAGCUGGUGAUGGGACUUGGAAUCACUGUCUGUAUCUUCAUCAUGUUGGCCAACCUACUGGUCAUGGUAGCAAUCUAUGUCAACCGCCGCUUCCAUUUUCCUAUUUAUUACCUAAUGGCCAAUCUGGCUGCUGCAGACUUCUUUGCUGGGUUGGCUUAUUUCUACCUAAUGUUCAACACAGGACCCAACACCCGGAGACUGACUGUCAGCACAUGGCUCCUCCGCCAGGGCCUCAUUGACACCAGCCUGACAGCAUCUGUGGCCAACUUACUGGCUAUUGCAAUCGAGAGGCACAUUACAGUUUUCCGCAUGCAGCUCCACACCAGGAUGAGCAACCGGCGGGUGGUGGUGGUGAUUGUGGUCAUCUGGACUAUGGCCAUUGUCAUGGGUGCUAUACCCAGUGUGGGCUGGAACUGCAUCUGUGAUAUUGAAAAUUGUUCCAACAUGGCGCCCCUCUACAGUGACUCUUACUUAGUCUUCUGGGCCAUUUUCAACUUGGUGACCUUUGUCGUCAUGGUGGUUCUCUAUGCGCAUAUCUUUGGCUAUGUUCGCCAGAGGACUAUGAGAAUGUCUCGGCAUAGUUCUGGACCCAGGCGGAAUCGGGAUACCAUGAUGAGUCUUCUGAAGACGGUGGUCAUUGUGCUUGGUGCCUUUAUCAUCUGUUGGACUCCUGGAUUGGUUUUGUUACUUCUCGAUGUGUGCUGUCCACAGUGUGACGUCCUGGCCUAUGAGAAAUUUUUCCUUCUGCUGGCCGAGUUCAACUCCGCCAUGAACCCCAUCAUCUACUCCUACCGCGACAAGGAGAUGAGCGCCACCUUCAGACAGAUCCUCUGCUGCCAGCGCAGCGACAGCACCAGUGGCCCCACGGAAGGCUCUGACCGCUCGGCUUCCUCCCUCAACCACACCAUCUUGGCUGGAGUUCACAGCAAUGACCACUCUGUGGUUUAGAAAGGCAACCAAGAUGAGGAGCCGCCAUCACGGAUGGAGGGAUGAGCAGCUUCCCCUCCCCCAGGGCCAGGGCCAGGGCCAGGUGGGGUGUGAGAGAGAGUGAGGAAAAAUAAACUCUUGUACUUAAAACACUAACCAAUGGCAGUAUUCGUUCCUAGACCCAGCAAGACUUGAGGUAUGCGGAAAAUUAGCUUACGGGACACCCGUCAUCCCGAUCCCCGUUCCUUUUGAAAAGUAGAAAAUGGAGAUCUUGCAAUGGAAUUCAUAAACAGACUCGGGAGUGCCCAUUUAGACUACACUAACUAGACUUCCGACGAUUUGGUGUGGUUUGGUGCAAGUCAGAAUAAAUUCUGACUAAUUGAAUCCACAACUUCAUCUACAUACAGGCUUCCCUUUUUUUAUUCCAGAAGGACACAUUUCAUUUAAUAAACAUGUAUACUUACCAGCAUGCUUGCGAUGGAUAAGACUAUAGGCGGUUUUUGAACUAUUAUAAUUCCAUUUUUUUCCUUCUGUAGGGAAACUGUAAAUUAGAAUGAUUUUUUAGAAAGCAUGCAUGUAAUGUAUGUAUGCAGUAUGCCUUACUUAAAAAGAUUAAAGAGUAUUGAUUUUAAAUCUUCUAGGACCUAGAAGAACCUAGAUGUCAAAGCCAGUAUUUGUUUAGGUUAUGAAACAAUGCUCUAAUUCUAAUAUUACCUUCUUAUCGAAGUGUCAUAACACAUGCAAAACAGGGAAUGUAGGUUUAUUACCAAAAGAAAAUGUACUCUAAAAAAAAAGUCCUAGAAGUCGAAGCACAGUAAUAUUGUUCCCACAUAUUUAUAAUAUCGAAGUACAUUCUAAUUAUCAGUACAUCAGAGGAAUGUUUUAAUAGCCUGUGUUUUUCUGUAUUAUAAAAUAAUACAUAGUCAUUGUAGAAAACUUGAAAAAUACAGAAAUGUGUAAAACAGAAAAAAAUAAUUACUGGUAAUAUCACAACCCAGAAGUAACCACCAUUAACAGCUUUUCCCUCGUGUAUGCCUCUAUGUAUAUUAUAUAACUUUUUAUAUAAUUGGGAUCAUACGUAAACGAUUUUAUAACCAGUUUUUUUUUUCUUCCACUGCAGAGUUGCCACAUUUUCCUACGGCAUUAAAAAUUUUACAAAAACAAUUUUACUGGCUAUAUAAUAUUCCAUUUAAUGGAUGCAACUCCAUUUAUUUAACCGUUCCCACACCGUUGACUCCUUAGGUCAUUUCUAAUUUUCACUACUAUAAACAAUGUUGCAAAAAUUUUGUGUACAUACAACUUUGUCCGUGUAAUUGAUUAUUUACUUAGGACAUAUUCCCAUGAAGGAUUUUUUUUUUAAAUGUGAAAUGUCUUUUUAUGCUCUUAUCUUUUAUAAAAAGGGAUUUCCUGCUUUGCGCCACAUGGGUGGCAGUUGAGAGGAAAGCCAGUUAAAUUGCCUUUUUACAAAGGAAAUGCAGUGGUCACUUUAGUUGAGAGUGACUUUUUUAUAUCACAAGAUGGACUAGAAACAGUUGUCACAAAUAACCAUGACACCCUAAUGAAUAUGUCUAGCAAUGCCAAAUUUCGUUUGAGGAGCCAAUGUCCAGCUCUUGGUGGCCACGCCCAUAUGUAGAAGUGAAGGUCACAGGAAGACAUCAAACAUGCUAAGUGAAUAAAGGAUCUUCGUAGUAAAUGGCUUGGGACCCUCCUGUAGCAAAUGGGUUGAGUGCAUUGGUAUGGGACUGGAUACUGACUGUUCUUUAGGAAUCACUGUGGUAGGUGAUACCUGCUCAAUGAAUGGUCCAGAUGAACUAGUUAUUGCACCAGUUUGUUCGCAAAAGUAACUGGUAAAAGUCACAGUCAUGAAGCAGGUGUGGGAAAGUCGGGAGUACGUUUAAGAGAAAGAUGUUCAGAAGAAUCACUUUGUCUAGGAGGGAAGAAGUCAGCACGGUCAGCAUUUGAGCAGAGGGCAGACUUGUGAGGCGCCCACCGUGAGAAGAACAGGGGGAACCAGUCCUCAGAAAGGUGUUUGCACAUUCUUUAUACAAAAUACAGAGCAUAUUAUGUUGGAAGUGAUGAAAUGAACUUGGACUUUCAUGUGCAUAUAUUCUGGAUGAUUUGAAAUUAAAAACAUACUAAUUGGACCUUAAUAAAUUCAUUUUCAGUCAGUG